AUGGGAUCAAUGGCACCGCUCCCGCAAAUAGAGCGCACAAAUCUGCCUGGCAGCACUCGAUCCAUCAGCCGGAUCAUCAACGGCCUGUGGCAGUUGGCAGGAGGUCACGAUGAGCACGUCGACCUAGCCUCAGCCGCCGGAGUCAUGGACGAUUUGAUCCAGGAGGGCUUCGACACAUUCGACAUGGCAGACCACUAUGGCGAUGCAGAACUCGUGGUCGGCAAGCACAACGAACUCGCUCGAACGACAGGGAACAGCAAGUCUGUAUCGUUCAGCAAAUGGUGCCCGGAAGAGGACGGGGUCAUGUCAUUUGAGAAUGCUGAAGCCGCCGUGGACAGGGCGUUGCAAAGGAUGGGCCAGGAGAGGAUUGAGCUUAUGCAGUAUCAUGCAUGGAACUUCUGCGACCCAACGUAUCUGCAUAAUUUGACACAUCUGCAAAGGCUUCAAAAGAAUGGGAAGAUCGGGCUGAUCGGACUCACCAACACCGACGCUGCUCAUUUGAAGCUGCUACUUGACUCUGGCUUCCGGAUUGCGACCAAUCAAGUACCGACAUCAGUCAUCGACAGGAGGCUGACCCGUGGCCGUCUGAACGACAUAUGUCUCAAGCACGACGUAGGCAUUCUGGCGUAUGGCACCCUCCUGGGUGGCUUUCUCAGCGAGAAGUGGCUCGAUCAACCUGAGCCGGCGGAUGAUGAGAGCAAGCCGCUGAAUUGGAGUCUGAAGAAAGCGCUUGAUAAGAUCGCUAAGAGGCACGGUGUGUCCAUUUCGGCGGUGGCGUGCAGAUAUGUGCUGGAUAUACCAUCCGUGAAAGCGAUCAUCGUGGGCACACGACUGACGUCGGACUCGAAACGCUACCUGCCAAGGAACCUGGAGACCUUUUCUGUCGAGUUGACGGAGGAUGAUAGAGUCUUGAUCAAGGAGGCGCAAAAAGGUCUGACGGACGUCCCAGGAGAUUGCGGCGACGAGUAUAGACGGCCUCCGUAUUUGACGGCUUCUGGUGAUUUGAGCCACCAUCUGUCGGACCGCGAUCGUAGCGACGAAGUCCGGACCGCCAUUGCAAAGGGUCAAAGGGUUGAGUAUAUGUCUGGAAGCAAGUGGGAACCAAUAGCUGGCUACUGCCGUGCUGUCCGGACAGGGAACUGCAUACGUGUCUCUGGCACAACGGCGAACUCUCCGGUCUCCAGCCUAUCAGCCAUUGGUGGUUCCAGUCCGAGUAGUCAGACAGUCCACAUCCUGGACAUCAUCGAAGGCGCCUUAAAAGCCUGGGGGCUUCAAGUGAGCCAGGCUCAUGGAUGGGUUUUCCAGAAUGCAGGAGUAUUGCCAGCAAACACUCUGGUAGUGUCAGGACUGAUCGGUGAUGAGAUGUUGGUGGAGAUUGAGGCCGAAGCCGAGGUUGGCUGCGCCGACAAUGGCGUAGUCCGGGUCAGCAAUAAAGCCGUUGCGAAGACCACACAAACGUCGCCCACACACAAGUCGAAAUGA